AUGAAGCAGGAUUCACCCCCGAGUCUUUCGGACACUAGAACCCACUCCAUCCCUCACACUCUGAGGCGGCAGACGCCACCGGCUGUGACCUCUGGCAGUGCUGAGCUGUCCAUCACCUCCCAGCUCCCGAGGGCUCUGGUUAAUUCUCUCUCUCCUUCUUCUCAGCUGCCCAUGAUGGGAGGCGCCUUCAUGGACUCGCCCAACGAGGACUUCAGCACCGAGUACUCUCUCUUUAACUCCUCCACCAAUGUGCACGCAGCCUCCAACGGCCAAGGUCAGCCAGAGGAACCGCCAAGGUCCUCCAACGAUGCCGUCUUGCUCUGGAUCGCCAUCAUAGCGACGCUGGGGAACAUUGUCGUGGUGGGGGUGGUGUAUGCCUUCACCUUCUGAGACGCGGGAGCUCCGGGACGGCCCAGCCCUGUGCUGGGCUCACCGCGGGGCGCUGUCGCUGUUGGCCUUUGGCUGCGCCCGCGUUCUAGAACCAGGAGUUCUGACCAGGUGCGCGGUCUCUCCAAGAGGAGCCACCAUGCAUCUGGGAUUUCCCCAAGCGGCCCUGAUUUCAGAUACUCCAGGCUGUGGUCCAGCUGAUCCAGAAAAAUAUGGGAGCCUGGGCUUCCAGCCCCCGGAGGCACGCUGGGGCAGAGCCUUCGAGGAGUAGAUUGGGGAA